UCGCGCCCACCUGCUGCCGUCGCUUCCGCUCCAACCCCGAGUCCUCGCUUCGCUUUCCGGUGACGACGGCGACCAAAAGCCCGCGCAGUUCUGUACCUAUAUCUUCCUCCGCCUCUUGGUCCCCGGUUCGGCCACUAGCAGCAGGUUUGGUCUCGGAGACUAUUCGUUCGAGAAUUUUGGAGCUGCUCCGCUGAUCGGAAGGGUUCCUGGGGGUGGGGCGAUGGAGGAGAGAUACGAGGCGUUGAAGGAGCUGGGCGCCGGCAACUUCGGGGUGGCGAGGCUGGUCAGGGAUAAGCGCACCAAGGAGCUAUCAGCCGUCAAGUACAUCCAGAGGGGCAACAAGAUUGAUGAGAAUGUGCAGAGGGAGAUCAUCAACCACCGGGCGCUACGCCACCCCAACAUCAUACGAUUCAAGGAGGUAUGUUUAACUCCGACACACCUGGCCAUCGUCAUGGAAUAUGCAGCCGGUGGAGAGCUCUUCCAAAGAAUAUGCACCGCAGGGAGAUUCAGUGAAGAUGAGGCAAGGUACUUCUUUCAGCAGCUACUUUCAGGAGUCAGCUACUGCCACUCCAUGGAAAUCUGUCACCGUGAUCUUAAACUGGAAAACACCCUCCUGGAUGGGAGCCCAACACCUCGAGUGAAGAUUUGCGACUUCGGUUACUCUAAGGUGCUAAUAGUUAAUGUUCUCAACCUUUUAUUUCUUUGUGCUAAAAUUACUUAUCAACUUGGCCUUUGUGGUUUUCAGUCUGCUUUGCUGCACUCUAAACCAAAAUCAACAGUUGGCACUCCAGCAUACAUAGCGCCCGAAGUUCUUUCGAGAAAAGAAUAUGAUGGCAAGGUAGCAGACGUCUGGUCCUGUGGCGUGACACUCUACGUGAUGCUCAUUGGUUCGUACCCUUUCGAGGACCCCGAGGAUCCGAGAAACUUCCGCAAAACUAUCAGCAGAAUUCUUGGCGUGCAAUACUCCAUCCCGGACUACAUCAGGGUGUCCUCCGACUGCAGACGCCUCCUGUCCCAAAUAUUCACCGCCGAUCCUUCAAAGAGGAUCACAAUCCCCGAGAUCAAGAAGCUGCCUUGGUACCUGAAGAGCCUGCCGAAGGAGAUCGCGGAGAGGGACAGACCCAACUUCACGGAGCCGGAGCCAGAGACGAAGGCAGGGAAUGCGUCUGCUCAGGCCGUGGAAGAGAUCAUGAGGAUCAUCCACGAAGCCAAGGCCCCCGGCGACUUGUCCAAGUCGUCUGCCGAUGCCGCGCUGCUUGCCGAGUUGGCCGAGCUGGAGAGCGAUGACGAGGUCGAGGACGAGCUGGGAACGGAAGAGACCUACUGAAUUCCUGCAGAUGGACCCGUGCAGCUGUUCGCACAUACUAUACGAUCUGAAAAAUGGUCGCCGAACGGCCCGAACAGAACAAUAAUGAGGGGACGUGUAAUUCUGUAUCAUUGUACCUUUUGUACAUGCACCUCGCCGAAUUUAUUGUGACAGAAUAAAAGAAGAUGUUACGAGAGUAAAUAAGCAAUCCAAAUUUUAGAUGAUCGACAA